GCGCUAUUUAAGGCGCCCUCGCCGGCCCAGUGCGGUCCUGCAGGGCUCCAGCGGGCGCCGCUCUAGCCGUCGGCCCUCCUCCUCCUGGGCCGCCCGGCAGCAGGCGGUAGAAGGCAUGGCUGACCUCCCCACAUGCUUGUUGCUAGGGUGAGCAAGAAGGAUGCCACGCUGACGAGCCGACACUGUCUCCCUGCAGACGGAGGCCCAGGAGCCAUGGGUGACUGGGGCUUUCUCGAGAAGCUGCUGGACCAGGUCCAGGAGCACUCAACUGUGGUGGGCAAGAUCUGGCUGACCGUCCUCUUCAUCUUCCGCAUCCUUAUCCUGGGCCUGGCCGGCGAGUCCGUCUGGGGUGACGAGCAGUCAGAUUUUGAGUGUAACACUGCCCAACCUGGCUGCACCAACGUCUGCUACGACCAAGCCUUCCCCAUCUCCCACAUCCGCUUCUGGGUGCUGCAGUUCCUCUUUGUCAGCACACCCACCCUGGUCUACCUGGGCCACGUCAUUUACCUGUCACGGCGAGAGGAGCGGCUGCGGCAGAAGGUGGGGGAGCUGCGGGCGUUGCCAGCCAAGGACCUGCACGUGGAGCGGGCACUGGCAGCCAUAGAGCGCCAGAUGGCCAAGAUCUCAGUGUCAGAGGACGGUCGCCUGCGGAUCCGUGGCGCACUGAUGGGCACCUACGUGGCCAGCGUGCUGUGCAAGAGCGUGCUUGAGGCAGGCUUCCUCUAUGGCCAGUGGCGGCUCUACGGCUGGACCAUGGAACCCAUGUUUGUGUGCCAGCGAGCACCCUGCCCCCACCUCGUGGACUGCUUUGUCUCUCGGCCCACAGAGAAGACCAUCUUCAUCAUCUUCAUGCUGGUGGUCGGACUCAUCUCCCUGGUGCUCAACCUGCUGGAGUUGAUGCACCUGCUAUGUCGCUUCCUCUGCCGGAAGAUGGGGGCACGGCAGGAAAUGAGGGCACUGCAGGGCCCGGACACACCCCCAGCCCAGGGCACCUCCUCGGAUGCUUACACGGACCAGGUCUUCUUCUAUCUCCCUGUGGGCCAGGGGCCCUCAUCCCCGCCAUACCCCGCCUACAAUGGGCUGUCGUCCAGUGAGCAGAACUGGGCCAACCUGACUACGGAGGAGAGGCUGGCUUCUUCUAGGCCCCCUCUCUUCCUGGACCCACCUCCCAAGAAUGGCCAGAAAUCCCCCAGUCGCCCCAGCAGCUCUGCCUCCAAGAAAGAGUACGUGUAGGGGCCUGGGGCUUAUGUCACCCAACGGGGGGUCCUGAGAAGUCUGGCUCCCUGAGAUCCCCUUGCUUGAAGGCUCUGCAGAGAUGACUGGGCUGGGGGCGGUGCUUGCUGGCCAGAGGGUCUCACUGCAGGUUGUUCUUGAACACUGGAGGCCUUUCUGGUGGCCAGAGGCACAAUGGCUUCUUCGGUAUG